AUCUUUAACCUGCUACACGUGGUCAUCUUACCAUAAAAUACAUGUUGUUUCAGUCAGGAGCUAUGAUCUUUGCUUCCUAAGCAUGUUGAGUAAGAGGAGUCUUAUCAAAGCUCUUGUUUUCGUUUCUGUAGCUUUGGUUCUUUUAAUUGUCAAACUUUCGCCUGCCAGAAUCUUUACGAAGUUAACCAUUGCUGUUCGUGCGAAGAAAUACAGGCAGCAGUCAGACAACACAUUUGAAGACUCAGAAACGUAUUUCCUUGUUCAAGAGGAUUUUGCAACUGAUAUAGUGCCCAACAGAACUUUAAUUACAACUAAACAUACUGAAAAGGUUGUUAAAGCACACAAGUUACCGAAUCAAGAAUUUCCAAAACCGGAUGCAUUGCUGAAUGUUGAUAGAAAUGAGGACGAUGUUUACCCAAAGAGCAUUGGGGAUUUUACAAUGUAUGGGGAUGGAAAUUGCGGCAGCAAUAAGGCAGCGCCAGUGUUAGAGAAAUUGUUCAAAGCAUGGAUAAAGCUGGCCGCUAAAGAGAAGAUAGAUUUUUUAUUGACUUGUGGAACGUUGCUGGGUGCUUUCAGAAACGGCGACCUAAUACCCCACGAUACCGAUAUUGAUAUUCUUGUAAAUCGAAGUGACUUUCCAAAGAUAAAAAAGUAUAGAACGGAAAAGUCGUUUUCAGGCUACGAGGAAGGCAUUUCAAUUUAUGUGAACAAAGACUUUUACUUGCCGUACUCAAAAAGACGACGGUAUACAUGUCGGGGAAAGAUAGUCCCGAGAUAUUCAGAUCACUGUUCCUUCGUCGAGCCUCUUGGAAGACUUAUUAGUGAAAAUCAUCAUUUGGACAUUUAUGAUUACACCCAGAAAGGAAAUGAUCUAUGGGACCCGUCAGAAGGAGGCCGGACGUUUCACAUGAACGAGGUUUUCCCUUUACGCAAAUGCUAUUUCAUGUCAUUUGAAACCAAAUGUCCGAAUAAACCAAAGAAAUUCCUGAAAAAGUUCUAUGGUGAAGAUCUCAGUCCAAAUACAGUUUGUAUAAAUGGAAGCUGGGUUAAGAAAAGUUGAUAUCAAAUGAAAAUUUAGUAAUUUUGUAUAAAUGUGAUUUAGUGGCUAUUGAAUUUGGGUUUAAGGAUUUAGUUUAAGUCUGUGUGCAUAAGGAAAAUAUUUAUCGGUUGCUAUGUUGUUAAAAAGGGCCUAAUCAUAUGCUCACAUAUUA